CCUCCCCCAAACCCCCACCUCGUCGGUGCCACCCCCAUUGCCGCCGCCGGAGAACCCGCCCUCUGGAGGUGCAGCCGCCCGCUGAUACCAUCGUCCUCUCCGCCGCCAUGAUUUGCGCAAUCUCCGGCGAGGUGCCGGAGGACCCGGUCCUGUCGACCAAUUCGGGGCUGCUCUUCGAGCGGAGGCUCAUCCGGCGCUACAUCGAGGUCACCACCGUUUCCCCCGCUCUAGGUUUCGCGUCAGGCGCCCGUCCGUGCGCCUGGGCCUUUUUCCCUGAUUUUGUUUUGGUUUUGGUUCCCCAGGACCACGGGAAGUGCCCGGUCACCAAGGAGGAGCUCGCCAUGGACGACCUCGUGACGGUGAAGACCAACAAGAUUCCUAAGCCUAGACCUCUGCAAGCUGCAAGUGUCCCUGGACUCCUUGGUAUGUUUCAGAAUGAGUGGGAUGCUCUCAUGCUGUCUAAUUUUGCUUUGGAGCAGCAGCUACAUACAGCAAGACAAGAGCUCAGUCAUGCGUUAUACCAGCAUGAUGCUGCUUGCCGUGUUAUCGCCAGACUAAAGAAGGAAAGAGAUGAGUCUAGGACACUUUUGGCUCAAGCUGAAAGGCAGAUUCCUAUUUCAGCUGCAGGACCUGCGCCUGUAGCUGCUGUUACAAAUGGGAAAAGAGGUUUUCACCAUUCUAACAUGUCAAAACCUAACCUUUUUGUCUGUUCUGCUCUAAUCCUCUUUCCUGGAUACACAGCUUUGGAAGAUGAAGUGGGUCCUGAUGGGAAGAAGAUACGUCCUGGUAUUAAUCCUGUCAUCAUCGAUGAAUUAACAGAAUGCAAUUCUGUGCUCUCAGCACAGCGCAAGAAACGGCAGGUACCUCCAAGUUUAGCACCAAUUGAUGCACUUGAAAGAUAUACUCAGAUCUCCAGUCAUCCACUUCACAAGACAAACAAACCAGGGAUUUUAUCUAUUGAUAUUCAUCAUUCAAAGGAUAUUAUUGCUACUGGGGGUAUCGAUACAAACGCAGUUCUUUUCGAUAGGCCAUCGGGUCAAGUAUUGUGCACUCUCACUGAUCACUCAAAGAAGAUUACGAGUUUGAAAUUUGUUCCCCGGGAUGAGCUUUUGAUAACGGGAUCAGCAGAUAAGACUGUCCGUGUAUGGCAAGGUAAUGAAGAUGGAAGCUAUGGUUGCAGGCACACAAUGAGAGAUCAUGGUGCAGAGGUUGAAGCUGUCACGGUCCAUGCUAGUCAGAAAUACUUUGCAACUGCCUCCAGAGAUAACACAUGGUGCUUUUAUGAUAUUUCAACAGGGUCUUGCCUCACACAGGUUGGCGAGGCUUCUGGACAAGAUGCAUACACGUCAGCAGCUUUCCACCCGGAUGGUCUUAUCCUUGGAACAGGCACGUCAGAAGGUGUUAUCAAAAUUUGGGAUGUAAAAUCUCAGACAAGAGUUGCAAAGUUUGAAGGGGAGGUUGGGCAUGUUGGAACAGUGACUGCUAUGUCCUUCUCAGAAAAUGGAUAUUUCCUAGCGACCGCGGCCCUUGAUGGUGUGAAGCUUUGGGAUCUACGGAAGCUGAGAAAUUUUAGGACCCUCUCUCCAUACGAUCCAGACACACCAACAAGUUCUGUGGAGUUUGACUUUAGUGGGAGUUAUAUCGCUGUUGCUGGUUCUGAUAUAAGGGUUUACCAAGUAGCCAAUGUGAAGACGGAAUGGAAUCUUGUCAAGACAUUACCAGAUUUAUCCGGCACAGGGAAAGUGACAUCGGUGAAGUUCGGGGCAGAUGCCAAGUAUGUGGCCGUAGGUUCCAUGGACCACAACCUGCGCGUAUUCGGGCUCCCUGGAGAUGAACAGAUGGAGGAGGCAAAAUCAGAAUCAGCGGUGCAAUGAGUAGACGAUGAUACAUGUUGUGAUUUUGCUCAGGGUGCCACAACCAUUUUGCCGUUGGUAGUAGUCGGUGUCGUCGAGGAUACGCUUGAAAGAGGAAUAUGCAUGUCCCUGAACUGAAGCAGCCCGGCGGUCCAAGUAGUUGAUCAAACCUGUGGUGGGGCGAGCCACAUGUUUUUGUAAUAUAUAGGUAGAGUUACCGGAUGUAUGUAUCAACGUUUUCGAGUCGACGAGUCGACGGGUUGCUCGGGGGGAGCGACUCUAGACUAGUCGUGACUAGUCUAGACUCACGGUCGAUGAGUCGACAUGGCGACGAGUCGACGUGAGUUAAGCAGUAGGUACUAGGUAGUAGGGCAGUAGGUACAUUAAGUAAAUGCAACCAGAUUCAAAUGCAAGGAAAUAAGUUCAACA